AUGGAGAUCGGAGUCGACGCACCAAUUACGGCUUUCUCGAGGUGCAUAGUCACAGUAAGUGUAAAAGGAAGCAUCGGGGUCCGUCGCAGGCUGACCGUGCUGGACGACUACCGGUUCGGGAGCUGCGCCCUAGGCUCGACCACGGUGCCACUCUCGCUGCUCACGCCCAACCAGAUGUGCUGGCUCAACGCAGCCCUGGACAGUAGCCGACAGGUGAGUUCCGGAGGACGCCUCCAAUGGCGGUUCCGAUUCUGCCGACUGAACGCUCGAGCAUCUGCCGAGAUGCACAUCACUGAUGCUGGGGAUGUUUACUCAACGCAAGGUCUGCCGCAUAACAUCUACUCAAAGACCUAUCAAUACCUUCAUCUCUUCUCGUACGGUAGAAACCUCAAGCCCGAUUCUGGUCAUCCCGGCUGGAAGACGACCGCGAAGAAGAAGACUGCGGAUCCGGAGUACAACGAGGAGCUUGCCCUAGGCCUGCAGUCGAACGGAGACCUCGCCAAGCACUUUCUACAAAUCACGGCCUGGGACAAAGACAGUGGGAAACCGGACGAAUAUCUGGGUGGCAUCGAGCUGGGUCUGCACUGCAAGCGGGACCAGUUGCAGCACUGGGUGGACGUCGCGCGCUUUCCCGACCAGCGCUUCGAGCGCUGGCACCCACUGGUCGACGUGCCGCUGGUGCCUUGACGAGCGCAGCAGCCUCGCUCCUGCCUAUACGCCCUGCGAAAGCUGGCCUGCCCCUUCGUUCCGGGCCAGGCUUCGACGCCGCGAUGAGAGCUUCUUACAUCGACCAAAACGUCUUUUAAGCGAUGUCCCCGUGAGGCAUCGCGGUGUACACUUGCGCGUCUUGAGAUCUUGUGAGCAGGUAUUCCUCUCAAGACGGCAGGAAAAGUAACAGCCCUGUCGCAGGCUUUUGCCGUUGAACUUGUCGGUCUCCGUCGCGACGACAGAAAGUGCAAUGCACUGUGUGCGACUAACACAACACAGGAGUUUGCAUUGUAGGUUGUGACUGCGAGUCAUUUGCAUCGACAUUUUUUCGUUCCUUAUCGGAAUGUCUGAAAGCGUCUUGCGGUUGCGAGAAAACUGUUGAACAUACUUUGCGUCACUGUCCGCCAUACAACAAGUACGCUUUAUCCUGCUUCAGUGCUACUUCACUGCAAACGUGCUAGAUGAGAAGCCCUUAUUUACGGGAACAAAAUUGGAACACCGACCCCGUUUGAGGUUUAUGUGCAAAGGUUAGCGAUCUUUCUUUUUUUUUUUUUGCUGUUGUCGGUUAAUUGAUUUUAAAGCGAAGUCUUCAUCGUACUAGAUUAGUUACAGUACGGAGAGCUUGAAAUUAGCCGAAAAAUGCGACGAACGAUGCGAAUGUCCACACAAUACGCCGAAGUGAGCGUCGUUUGGCUUCCUGAAAGUUACCGGACUUUGUGACCGUCUGUACUACGUAGUGAACGCUCACGUGCCUGCACGGUGCAUGCGUUUAACUUUCACCUUUCUAAUUGCCUCUCUGCCCCUAUGACCCAAUAGCCAUUGUGGAGUAGCCAAUGGAUUAACCUCUCUUGCUCGAUCUUUUCUUCCCUCUCCACCCUUUCCCUCCGUCUUUCUCACCAUUGUUGAACGGAUCGUAUCACUAGCCUUUAAAACAUGUCAGUCGCGAGUAUCUUACGUCUCAAUGCAGCUUGGACUCCGACUGAGCGCGAGCAAACAACAGCAAGUUCAACGGUGAUAGCUAUCGGUGGUGGGAGUUUGAUCACUGCAAGCGUUUCCAAGUUGCAUGGAUGAAAGGAGGUAAAAGACCGCUUCGCGAUGCCACGCGUCGAGACUACGGGGCAGAUUGCAAGCAAGACCAGUAGCGCUGCCGAGGUCAGGGCGUGAAAGUUAUCGUCAACAAUAGAGUUUCCAAGGCUUACGUUACUGCGAAGUAGGGUUACGCUGGUAUCUCUGGGGGUUACAUUCAGCGUGGCUUAAGCAAGCAUGAGAAUAAUUGGAAGUAGAAGUAUCGGCUCGCUUCGACUCAUGGGCGAGUGCGCUAUGCGGCUACGGCUGCACGAACUUCUAUUUUCGCAGAAAGAAAGAAAACAGAGUUCUGAAGCCAUACCGGCUCGAGACACAUCUUCAAACUACGGGUAUGCUUUUAGUACCAAGUUGUCAGUAAAAUUAAACUUCACCUGCAUCUCUCGUCGCCUAUCUCCUGCUAAAAACGAAUUCGACAAUAUGGUAGAAUUUGACAGAGCCCCAGAGGGCCACUUCGUACCAAAGCGCAUAACUCUAAACGCAAAUCUGAAACCGCUACAAUCUGCUGAGCCAAGUGUGUGUGUACUGAGCGACCUCAUCGCCAACUGUUGCUCUAGCAAGUUUGUGUGAACGUGGCCUUCGAGAUUGACGCCCGCGCAAUCUUGGAGGCCGCAGUGGGAAACUCUAUGGUCACGCGCUUUCCAGUAACUACGGGCAUCGAGGCUGCAUUGCACCGCUGCUUUUCCUUCUUCUGGUAGGAAGUGCUAAAGAUGGCAGCUCACCAUGACCGUCACGGGAGCUCACCUAAGCUGGCUGAAGGAAGAGUGCUGUAGAUAACGAUGACGCCACCGUCUGGCUCACGUAAUACGUGAACUGCCAGCCUGCCUGCCGUCUCGCUCAUGUAAUUUCGAACUACCUGCUUCCAAGAUACCUGCGUAACCUUUUUUUUUUCGUUUUCUUUGUCCUUGAGAUGAGCCGAAAGGUCUACUCCUACAGCUACAUUGUUUUAUACAAUCGCGUCUCAAUGUAGCCCUAAGCCAAACUAUUGCAAGAGCUUACUGGUGAUCUUUGCGCUCAUCUAGCAGUUGAGUUUUCACGAACUGAAUCCGCAAUCGCCCCUGCAACAUAUUUAGUGUGGCUACCUGUUGUGUAAAAUGAAGAGCGUUGCAUCACCCAGCAGUGGCUUUAGAAAGUCUCGCUUUCCCCUGUGGCAGAAUGCAGCCGCCUUUCAUGCAUGAGCGAUCAACGCUAACUUGGCGGCAAGGCCAAAAAUAACGAAUGAAAGGCAGGAGCCGUGAGGCACGCGAAAAUGGGUCUUCGCAUUUGGGUUUUGACCUUUUAUAUUGUCACUGUACGUGUCAUUUUGCCGAGCGCAGCAUGGCAAGUUGUAGACAUGAGAUGCAUAAAGCAUCGUA